UAUUCCAUAUUACCAGUACUCUAUCUGAUUAUUGUCAGUUGUUACCAGUAAAUUUGUAGAUUACUUAAGUAUGCUUUAAAAAUGGUGUUACAAAAAGGCAAUACGGAUUUAUUUGUUGUAUUUAUCAUUGUCACAGCAUAUACCUCAGUCGAGCUGUAUGUUCUAGAAAAUAAGGCGCAUGGAAAGCAGGCCUAUAUGUCAAGCACAGGUGGUGAUAAAGUAGCGGAAAGGGCUGUUGAUGGAGAUGUGUCACAAGAUGCAGCGGAUAACUCUUGUUUCCUCACAAAAACUGAAACCAAUGCUUACUGGGAGGUGGACUUGGGAGACAAAAUGUUUAUUGAUCACGUCACCUUAUACUCAAGAAAAAACGUUGAUGAUUUAUUGUCUGCAAGACGACUUCGAGAUAUUGAAUUGUACAUUGGUCCCAGCAGAAACGCAUACACACUGUACGGAUUUUAUGAAGGAACUCUUCCAAAAGGUAUCAUUCAUACAUUCAAUCUGACCAACACAGUGUUUGGACAAUGGGUUAGAAUUACAAGAUCUGAGUCGGUAGUUGAAAGAUUUGAACUUUGUGAGGUUGAGGUAUAUGGAUACCCUCCCGCAUAUUACUACAGAUUGGACAAAGGACGUGCAGGUGUCCAUGCAUUGAAUACAGCUCCAAGUCAGUCCUUAUCCAUCCAUCAAUGUGCGUUCAUAUGCUACAAAACUAACGGCUGUUACGGAGCAACCUUUAAUGAAGUAACACACAUGUGCGAAUAUCUGACGUCAGACACUGGUGUUGAGACAAACAACUCAUCGAUGUUGAUUCAACUUGGAUAACCUUCUUUACAAAUUAUAAAAUGCUUUUGAAUGCAUAAAUACAAAUGUAUAUUUCUUUUCAAAUAAGCUACAAAAGUUAUUUGAACUUGAUGAUGGACAAAUAAAUCCUUUCAGUUAUACCUAAAUUUGGUCUUUUGAAAUCUUUAAUGAUUUGUGCGAGAUUUAUCGUAAAACAAGAAACAUUAUAGUCACUUUACUUUUAUAACAAACAUAGAAUAAAGGAAUGUUAUUGUCUCAUUAGGUAUCCUUGAAACUCUUUUGAACAAAGCAUCCCAAAAAGAACACAAGACAUACUAAAAUAACUACGAGACUAUAUAACUUUUACACCACCGAGA